UGGAGCUAGGUUGAUGACCAUCUCGAUUUACCGGCAGUAAUUCUUUGUUGCUUAGAUUACAUAUCGUAUGAUGUAAAGAUUCGGGUAAAAAUCGAUAAGACUCUUAAUAUACUUGUAACUAAUGUUAAACUUAAUAAAUCAACAAAUAGUGAUUAUAUUCUUAGUAGUAUGGAAAGCUUUUGGACAUUUUUAAAAGAUUUGGAGACUUCUCAAAUGUGUAGCGGCACAGGAUUUGAUAGUCAGAAGUCAUCAGAAACAUGCAUAGUAUUUUUGAAAGCUGAUCAACAAUAUAAAAAACAGGCGGGAAUAUAUAGAUGUGAUGCAUGUAAACAAGUAAGAAAAAAACUGCAUAAUCAAUUGUAUCGACCUAAACUAGAUGUCCAUGAUUGUAACAAAAAACUCAAGCUUGAGCUAAAUUCUGUCAAGAAAAAGUGUAGUCGUCUCAGUAAUAAAAAUGCCACUUUGAAACAAACUAUCGAGGAAGAAAGACAAAAGUGUGCUAACGCAUCUAAAACAGUUAUAGAGAAAGAAAUACUUAAUCUACCGCCUAUCCAACAAGAGAACGUUAGAGCGUGUUUUGCUGCAGCUAAACUCCAAAAUUCAAAACAAAGAAGAUAUACAGUCGAGUACUUUGCUACUCGAUGAAGUUGCGUUAAGCGAAACUAUUAAAUUGAAUCAACGAACUAUGAAGCUUGACGGUUUCGUUGAUUUAGGAUCUUACACGCCGGAAGCAGAUUUAAAUACUAGAGCUGAUCAUGCUCUAGUAUUUAUGUUUCAACCCUUUCAGGGAGAUUGGGUGCAGGUCAUAGGUUGUUUCCUGAGUCGCAGUGCAACCGUCAGCGAAAUAUUACAUAAAUUAAUAAUAGAGUGCAUAUUAUUAUUGGAAAACGCUGGAUUUCAAGUUGACGCUGUAACCUGUGAUGGAGCCCAGUGGAACCGUGGCGCGAGGAAGUUAUUCGGAAUUGAGGACUAUAAAUUUAGCUGCGAACAUCCAUAUGAUUAUAGUAGACGUUUAUGGUUCCUAUUUGAUUUUUCGUGCUUGCUAAAAAAUUUUAGAAAUAAGAUUAUGGACGUGCCAUCAUUUUGGACUCCAGAUGGUUAUGUAUACCGCAAACACUGGGAAGCUCUUUUAGCUUAUGAAAAUAGCUUCAAAGCUAAUUUAUCAGUAACCUACAAACUAACACCUGGUCACAUCAAGCCUGAACAGUACCAGAAAAUGAACGUGCUUUUGGCUGUAGAGUUAUUUGCAAAACGAUUGAGAGUGGCUAUGGAGAUGUACGAAAGCGAAUGUUCUGAGUUAAAAGGUUGUAAAUCUACGAUAGCAUUCAUGGAAAGAGUUGAUCGUUUGAUAACGGCUAUGACUUCACGAACUCCAGAGCAUGCUUUACGCCCUGACGUUUCAUGUAAAAUGAGACAGGCUAUCACUGAUUUCAUCGAAUAUUUACGUGAGUGGGAAGAAAAAGCAACGGAAGAAAAACUGAAAUAUAAAGAACUGAAAAAACAUUUAGAUGAAGACCAACUACCGGGCAAAUUUUUUUUGCUAUAACUGCAAGCACAUUAGCUUGGUUCAAAAUCUCACUUGGAGCUACUUUAGAACUUGCUAAUUUCUUACAUACUCAAUGUAACUAUGAUUCUCUGAUGACAAUACGUCUUACUCAGGAUGCCUUAGAGAAAUUUUUUGGGAUCAUGAGAAACGCCUAUGGAUGUAACGAUCACCCAGACGUAAUAUUGUUUGGCCAAGUAUAUCGUUUACUUUGUUCAUAUUCUUUAGCGACUCAACCUAGAGGAUCUAAUGUAACUGCUGGCGAACUGUUGCUAUCUUUGAUGCAAACCAAAGACUCUUUGGCAUUAUCUUCUGUUCCUAAAAAUGAAUGGCUCCAAAAAAUUGACGCGGUUGUUGAGAAAGGCAUUUGUGGCGAAGUUUCUGAAGAACCAAACAGCAAUGGUAUUAUUGAUAAUGAAAUUUCUUUUCCAAAUUUACUUCAUGAUGCGGGCUUGUUGGAUGAAGAACUGAAUAAUCACGACAUAUCAUCUAAUAAUUACACAGAUACAAUUAAUAUAGAUGAAUAAGUAACUAGUCUAGGUAAUAAAGAGUUUUGUCAAAAGCCGUUUGAAAGUUUGGUCGAUGAAAGUGACAGCGACGAUGAUGAUACAUAUCAAUGCCAAGAUCCUUAUCUCGAUCAUGAUUACGAUAUAAUGAAAACUAGCGACGAAGUGGUUGCAUAUAUUGCUGGAUACAUGGUUAGAAAAACUAGCCGUUAUACCAAGUGCUUCACAUGUGUAGACACUUUACAAUCUACUAAUAAAGCUUCAAGUGGCCGAGAUAGGUUUAUUGAGCUAAUGAGUGAAGGUGCUUUAAUCUAUCCAAGUGAAAACUUAUUUUUAUUAAUUAAAACUCUUGAAGAAGAUGUGUUAAAAGUUGCAGGAACCAAAACUAUUAAGUGCAAUACAAUGCAUCAAAUUCAUGAUCAAAUAGCUUUACACGAUGCGCUUCCCAAAGUUGGUUGCCCUGAUCACACUAAGUAAUUAACGAUAAAGGUCAUUAAUUAUUUUAUUGUCAUGCGAGGUCAUUUUCUUACUAAAUUAUUUAACAAAAACAUGAGCCAACGAAAAGCUCUCACUAGAAAGCACCGAAAAUCCGCGAA